CCCUCCUCACUCUGCGUGCGUGUCCCGCCGCCCCCCGCGUCCAGGCCGAGCUCUCGCGGGGCGCGGAGACCGCGCGCGGCCACGGAGACUGCUGGGAAGUGUGGUUUUGCUGGAGGCGACCGGGCGCAGCACCGGUAACUAGUGUGUGCGGAGAAGUCUGAGAAAUGGCGCCUUGCUGGGGGCCCCGCUCGUGGUCCACCCCGCGCUAGUGUCGGGCCAGGCGGAAGGCUCCGUCCUGGACGCUGGGAGGACGCGGCGGUGCAGUUCCCGUGAGGACGGCAACCAUUGUCUCCGCGCACAGCGACCCGGCGCGUCCGGUGUGUCACAGAGCUGCAAGUUAAUCCCGAUUUUUCAUGACUGCUUUUUCCUGCCCUUAAUUUGCCAUCUGAGGAUAGUGCCCUCCAAUUAUACAAGAGCCUGGAAAGACAACUGUGUUGACUACUGGAAAUUGCAAAGUCAUGUUCCAGGUAACAUUUAGUGAUGUGGCCAUAGACUUCUCUCAUGAAGAGUGGGGAUGGCUAGAUUCUGUUCAGAGGGAUUUAUACAAGGAUGUGAUGGUCCAGAAUUAUGAGAACCUGGUCUCUCUAGGUAAGCAUAUUACAAUUUGCUUACUUCAUUGGAAAUUAAGAUGGGAAAACAAAGAAUUAUCAGUGAAGGAGGAUAUUUAUGAGGAUCACUCACCCCAAACGGUAAUAAUAGAAAAAAUGAUAAAGUUACCAGUGACAUUCACCUUUAGAGAAAAUCCCAAUGGGGAAUGUGUUUAUAAAUACAAUACAUUUAGAAACAUUUUCUAUUUAAAUUUAAAGUCUAUUCUUUCUGAACUACAGAGAAUCUCUGCUGAAGGGAAAUCACAUACACAUGAUAUAUUUAAGAAGAUCUUACCGAAAAAGUCAUUUAUAAAAAAUGAGAAUAUCAAUGGUGGAAAGAAACUUUUGAAUUCUAAUGGAAGUGUGGCAGCCUUCAGCCAGAGCAAAUCUCAUACCCUUCACCAGACUUAUAAUAGAGAGAAAAUCUAUACAUGCAGUGAAUGUGGGAAAGCCUUUGGCAAACAAUCAAUCCUUAAUCGCCACUGGAGAAUUCAUACAGGAGAGAAACCUUAUGAGUGUCGUGAAUGUGGGAAGACUUUUAGCCAUGGCUCAUCCCUUACUCGCCAUCAGAUAAGCCAUAGUGGUGAGAAACCUUACAAAUGUAUUGACUGUGGGAAGGCCUUUAGCCAUGUCUCAUCACUUACUAAUCAUCAAAGCACUCACACUGGAGAGAAACCAUAUGAAUGUAUGAACUGUGGAAAGUCUUUUAGUCGUGUUUCACAUCUCAUUGAGCAUCUGAGAAUUCAUACUCAAGAAAAACUCUAUGAAUGUCAAAUAUGUGAGAAGGCCUUCAUUCAUAGGUCAUCUCUCAUUCACCAUCAGAAAAUUCAUACUGGAGAGAAACCUUAUGAAUGUAGUGAAUGUAGAAAAGCCUUUUGCUGUAGCUCACACCUUACUCGACAUCAAAGAAUUCACACUAUAGAGAAACAAUUUGAAUGCAACAAAUGUCUGAAAGUCUUUAGUAGCCUCUCAUUUCUUAUUCAGCAUAAGAGUAUUCAUACUGAAGAAAAACCCUUUGAAUGUCAGAAAUGCAGGAAAUCCUUUAACCAGCCUGAAUCACUAAAUAUGCAUUUGAGAAAUCACAUUAGAUUGAAACCCUAUGAAUGCAAUAUAUGUGGGAAAGCCUUCAGUCAUAGGUCAUCCCUGCUUCAACAUCACAGAAUUCAUACUGGAGAGAAACCCUAUGAAUGUAUAAAAUGUGGGAAGACCUUCAGUUGUAGUUCAAAUCUUACUGUACAUCAGAGAAUUCAUACUGGAGAAAAGCCAUAUAAAUGUAAUGAAUGUGGGAAAGCUUUUUGCAAAGGCUCAAAUCUUACUGCCCAUCAGAGGAUACAUAAUGGAGAGAAACUCAGUAGUGCCCUAAGUGUGGAAAAACCUUUAGGCUAUCUGAAUCACUAUACAUGUGAAAAAUCAUAUAUGAGAGAAACUGUAUGAAUGCAGUGUUUUUCAUAAUAUAUUUCAGCCAUUGAUCCUCCCUGAUUGAGCAACAGAAAAUCUAUAUUGGAGAAAAGUCUUAAGAGAAUAAUAACUAUAGGAAGGUCUUUAGCAAUGGUACAAGACAUAUUGUCCAGAGUUCACACUGAAGAGAGACCAUAUGAAGGCAAUAAAUGUGAGAAUGCCUUUAGCCAGUAUUAAUCUUUUAAUAAGUAGACGCACACUGUAUUUACUGUUCUAUAUAUGUAAUAACAAAUAUGGGGAAGACUUGGCAAUAUGAAUCUCUUAUGAAAUGUGUACAAACAUGUACAAGAGAGACAAAAUAUGAAUAUAAAUUUGUGGAAAGUCCUUUAGUUAAAGUGCACCCCUCAUGCUACAUCAAAGAACUCACACUGCAGAGAAAGCGUAUGUAAGAAAUGUAGCAAAGUGUUCAUAAGAGCUCUUAUUUUCUUAGACAUGAAAUGUUUGGAACAAUCUGUGUACUAAUGCUAGAACAACCUGAAGGAUGUAGGAAUUAUGUGUAAAUCUUUGCAAUGAUGCCAUUUGUAAACAGUUUUACAGGAGAGCAAACAAGCAUAUUAUAAAUAAAUAUGCAUUUCUUAUAGCAGUAGCUUGCAAUUUUACGUAAGUUCUACAUAGAAAUUAUCUUUGGUUAAUAGGCAUGGGAAGAUAUUUAGUUACUCAGUGGAUUGAGUAAAUGUUAUAAAGAUGAAAAUUAAAUUUGCAAAAGAAGUAAAAA